AUGGAGUUUGUGUCUUUAGGCAGAUCCAGUGUCCCCAGGGCGAAGUACACCGUGGUUGGAGAGACUCUGCGCCAUAUCAUUCCCAGUGAUUUGCAAUGUUCCAUUGGGUGCGGUGGGCGAGCAUGCAAAUAUGAGAACCCGGACUACUGGAGUGAGGACAAACAAGCCAUCAAAGGCCUCUAUUCCUCCUGGGUUACUGACAAUUUGUUGGCCAUGUCACGUCCUUCCACAGAACUGAUUGAAAAAUAUCAGAUCAUCGAUCAGUUUCAGAGGUGUGGUGUGAGGACAGUUAUUAAUCUUCAGAGACCUGGGGAACAUGCCAACUGUGGGUUUCCCCUGGAGCCAGAGAGUGGCUUCACUUACCGCCCAGAGACUUUCAUGGAAGCAGGCAUUUACUUCUACAACUUUGGAUGGAAUGACUAUGGUGUCGCCUCUCUCACUGCAAUUCUUGACAUGGUUAAAGUCAUGUCAUUUGCUCUGCAGGAGGGUAAAAUGGCCAUUCACUGUCAUGCUGGUCUUGGAAGAACAGGUGUGGUGCUGGCAUGUUUUUUGGUAUUCACUUCACGCAUGACUGCGGAUCAGGCCAUUGUGUAUGUGCGAUCUAAAAGGCCAAACUCUAUUCAGACUAGAGGACAACUGAUGUGUGUCCGAGAGUUCGCUCAGUUCCUUGUCCCACUUCGGAAUGUGUUUGCUUAUGCUGAGCCCAAAGCCAGUCCCGUCAAUCUGUCUCAGUACCUGGUCCGACAGCAGCACAUGCUACAUGGCUAUGAACGACGGAAUCUCAGAUACUUACCGAAACUGAUACAAAUGGUGUGCAGACUUCUGCUGGACAUUGCAGAGAAUAGACAAGUCAUUGAGGAGGACGUCUUGGAAGUUCCUGACAUGACGACUGAGGUGGAAUGGAACAUAAUGAACUGCAGAAUGCAGCAUUUCGCCUUUGGGAUGAAUGGAAAGGGCAUCACAGGGAUUCAGCCACGUCUACCAGGCCUACCUACAAAGCCCCAACCUCCUCUUCAUUAUGUGAGGAAGAGUCUCAGCUACAGUGACUCAGACUUGCGGAGACUGGCAUCUUCACUCAAUCUUUUGGGAGACCCUUUGACUGUUCUGGCUAAUGUGCCCUCUGAUCACUCUGUGGUCUCUCAAAACACCAGCCAGGCCAACGAGGGUACCAAUGAUGAAGGGCAAACAUACAGCACAAUCGGUUCUGUGUGGGAUUUAAAAACGUUAAUGGAUCGGAGGGAGGGCUCUCCUUUACUUAAGAAGCGGAGGCAGUCAGUGCUGCAGCGUAGCCAGUCUCUGCUUGUGUCGGAUAAGAAUAGCAUGGCAAACAGCUCUGCCACGGUGUCGGCCUGGAAAAAAGAGCACGAGGAAAAAGUUAAACAAGCAGGGGCUGUUGGGAAAGCAACACUCAAAAAUGGACAGCUCGGGAAACGUGAAGAGGAAGAAGAUCGAUCUGAAGUGCCCUUCAUCACAAUCCAGACAGAGCUCACUCUGGAAGCUAGACAUCUGCUUGUUGCACAGUCUCUGGCAGUUGACCUUGAUCAGGAUGGGGAUGAAGAACAAAGGCAGAAAGUGUGUGCUUGGCAGUCAGAUCUGAACUACCAGGGUGCAUGGGAGCGUCUGUGUUUGGAACGAGAUCCCUUCAUCCUCUCUGGCAUCAUGUGGUCUUGGUUGGAACAACUGAGAGAGCCUAUAAUCUCAGCGCAGGAAAUCCAAACAUUGCACAAUAGCAGAGAUGACCCAAAGACUGUCCUUAACUGCCUGGACCAGGCUCCAAGAGAGACAAUUGUGUGCAUCAUGAACUGCUUUGCACAUUUACUUACAAUACCAGAGGAGGUGGAAAGCGCUUUUUUAGAGCGGACAGUAAAGGCUUUCACAAAGGUGGAAAUUUCAGGUGAAGGAAAGAAAACUUAUGAAAAAAUGAUACUUGUGCUCAAGCCUCUUCUUCAAGAUAUGAGAAUGACAGUGAUGGACGAGCUGGUGAUGCAAAGUGUGUAA